UAACGAGGGAGGAGCACCAUUAGCAGAUGCAAGUUCAGAUUUUACGUUGAGACCUUAUCGGAUUGAUCAAAGGACCAUUCCGUUUCAAGUCGAGGCGGAAGAGGAAGAAGGUAUUACCCGAGGGGACGAAACCCGUGGUUGAAACUCGAGAGGCCGAGUUGAAUCAGCGAAGCGACGUCUAGGGUCUGCGACAGAUGGGAAGCAGAGUCUUUUUGCUCAAAGGAGUGUCAUACUCAUCAGCAAUGGGUAAUAGCUUCCUUACCAACUCCAGGAGAAGUUUCAACUACUUUGGUUUCCCAAAAGUUAUUGUUCAUCACGAUAAAGUUCGAAGCUGCUCAUCAACAAAAAUUCAGUCCUCUCUUCCACCUCCAGAUGUCACUCGUUUGGCAGAAACAGCUCGAAUUGCUCUUACAUCAAAUGAGGUGGAAGAAUUUGCUCCUAAAAUUCAACAGGUGAUAGAUUGGUUUGGACAGCUUCAAGGUGUUGAUCUCGAAAGCAUUGAACCCUCCAUUAGAGCAGAUACUGAAAACAACAAUGUCCGUGAUGAUGUUCCCGAGACUUUCGACGACAGGGGCACCAUGGUUGCUUCCAUUCCAAGCUACGAGGAGCCUUACAUCAAAGUUCCAAAGGUCUUAAACACGGAAUGAAAUUCCGGAGCCGAGUUCUAAUAGUUCUAAAGGGUAAGGAAGUAAAUGUGGACAAUAGUUUUGUACUGAAUUUCUUGUUAAUUUACAUGAAGUAACCAAACACCUAUUUUGAAUUUCUUCUGUGGGAUUCAGUUUAUCACCUCUGCGCCUACAACUUUCCCCAAAUUCAUUAUUUUCCAUGACGUAAGAAAAUAUGAGCUGAAGCCUCAGCACAAGCAGGUGUGACAAGUAGAUUAUGGGCCAUUUUAGGGUAGGUGAUGAGGGAAAAGAUGUCUAAUACUCUCUUCUUUCAUCUUUUAGAAGGUUCUGUGUUCUAUUUUUUUUUUAAUUGAUUAUUACUAUUAAGAGUAAUUAAUUGAUGUGUUUAUUUCAAAAGUACUCAAACUUAACCCUAAUAAUUUG